UUCCCGCCUCCGGGCCUGGCGCCUCCGGGACGCGGGGCGCCAGGCGGGCAGCUGGGCCGGCUUCGCGGUGCAGGCCGCGGCGUGCGAGGUCCGGAUCGGGUUGGUGGCUGGGGCAGGUCGCUGUCACGGGAGAGGGUCAUGGCCCCCGGGAGGCGCCUCCGGCGCGUGCCUGGCGCUUGUUGCGCCCUGCGUUCCUCGAGAGCCAGCGGGCGCAGGUCGGGCCCAGUUCAUGGUUCUCCAGAAUGACAGCUCCCAAGAUUGACCAGGUAGUUGAACCAACAACCAUUGAGACUGUCAGAGAAGCCCAGCUCUGGGUCCAUCGUAUAAGCUGUGAGCAGACAAUUUGGUCUCACUAGAGAGCCCUGGCUAGCCAGGAACUCACUAUGUACAGAGCAGGCUGUCCUGAUGCUUGGAUUGAAAGUGUGCAUCACCGUGCCCAGCCCUCGCAGCCCAUUUUAAAAGCUGGCGGAAGAUGCUCUGAAGUGCAGAGCGAAAGAGUGAAGACCUCAUCCCCGAAGCCGUGCUCCUGAGACUUUCAAGAUGUGAAACAGGCUGCCGGAUAAGCCCAGCCUCUCAGUCCCCAGCCUGCCUGCUAGGAUGUUCCUCAUGAACGCCCCUCCAGUGGUGGCGCUCCAGUCCAGAUGGGAGGCCUUUGGCCAGCCCAGGAGCUUCUGCUUUCCAGACUGCUUCUCAGAGUCUAAAGAGGACACCUCCAGGGCUUCAGUGAGUGCAAGGGUACAGAUGCUUAUCAGCACCCUGCAGAGAGACGAGGCUGCCCUGGGCAUGAACCAUGAGCGUGUCACACAGAGAGGCCAACGUGCAGAGAGGUCCCGGGACACCAGGCUGGCCCCCAAGCCUGCUAUGUGCAGAGAGCAGCCAGAGUUCCCUGCCUGUGGUCUUGUUGCAAACCGCAGCCCCCUGGAGAAAGAUGAAGCUGGGAGACGUGGUCCCUUAGAGCUGGACUCUGACAGUGAUGACUCGGUGGACCGGGACAUUGAGGAGGCUAUCCAAGAGUACCUGAAGGCAAAGGGUGGGGCUUCCGAACCUGUGUCCCAGGGGGUCCCCUCUGUCCCAGAGCCUGCCCACAGCAGUGCCCUGCCCAUCCCGUGUCCCUCACAGCUCACUCCUGGCUCAGGCAGCGUUCCUGUGGGUGCCAGUGAAGACCAGGGCUCCACCUCCCCAGCUAGCAUGAGCAGCGAGGACUCCUUUGAACAGAGCAUCCGAGCUGAAAUAGAACAGUUUCUUCAUGAGAAAAGACAGCACGAACACCCAAAGUGUGAUGGGUCUGUGGAUAAGAAAUCAGGCCCAAACGAGAGCCCUGCGAGACUUAGAGGAAACCGAGAAACCUCAGCCAGGGCAGCUCUGAUAGGAACCUGUAAGGAGUUCCUCUUCCGAAAACCUCCCAGGUUAACAAAGGUGAGCACACAGCCGAGAAACUCACAGCCUAAGCUCACCACGGAGCCUGAGACCCCGGCGAGCACAAAGCUGGCCGCCCACAGACCAGAGGCUGCCCAGAGCAGGGGCGGAAUGAGGAGAGGGGUGCCUGCCAGGCGUAGCAAGCGCAUCAGGAGCUCAGCCCCGGUGCACCAGGCAUCAGACUCCAGCAGUGACGACGGCAUUGAGGAAGCCAUUCAGCUGUACCAGCUAGAGAAAACCAGGAAGAAGGCCAGUGGGGACCAACCUCUGAGAGCCCAGCCGAAAGAGGAAAGCCCUGGUAGUACCCAGCCAAGUGCCUUGCCUGAAGCCCACAGGAGACCCCCUAGCAAGAAAAAGCUGGCAGUUCCAAAGGUUAUAGACACCACCCAGGGGGGCCUCCACCCUGACCCCCUCUCUAAGCUCCUAACAGAUUCGAGAACCUCUGUACCUUCAGGACACACAGCCGCCAAGAGUGACGCCGUGCUGCACCAGGCCUCAUGCCUAGCAGACACAUCCACCGAGCUGAUGUGCGCAGAAGCAAUCCUGGACAUCUCCAAGACCAUCCUGCCAGCCCCCAUGGAAGGACAUGACAGGCCACCAUCCAGGAACCUACUCUUCUGUCCCCAACCCAUGCCUCCCCGCUCUGAAGGUGACAGCAGCAACGUUGACAGUGACGACAGCAUCGAGCAGGAGAUCCGGACCUUUUUGGCCCUCAAGGCACAAGUAGGGAGUCCUCAGCCUGCCCAGGAUCCACUGCCCUCACCUGGCCCCAGCGGCCAGCCUGGCGUCCCCAAGGCUAAAACACCAGAUCUCCCUCUGGGCUUCAGACGGAAACGGAGAGGUGGGGGCAGCACCACAGUGCCCAAGAAAAUAAGGGAGGGUAGAGAAAGCGCCCAGGAUGGUGACCACAUCCAGGGGAAGGUCCAGCAUGGCCAUGAUGGCUGGGACCCUCUCGGGCAGAGCAAAAUCACAGAGACCCCAGGAGGAGAGGCUGAAGCCAAGGAGCCGCCCGUCUCUUCCAGGACAGUCGGGCUCAGUGAUACACACCUAUCACAAGGCCAUGGAGCCCUUGGGAAGGCCAGUGAGAAGGAAAGCUCUGAGGAUAAGAGCAGUUCUCUGGACAGUGACGAGGACCUGGACAUGGCCAUCAAGGACUUGUUAAGAUCCAAGCGGAAGUUUAGGAAGAGGGGCCGGGACCCACGGGCUUCGUGUAAGAAGGUCAGAUUUGGCAGCGCAGAGACUCGGUGUGGGGAGAAACUGAGCAGCCUUCCAGGGGACUGGAAGGACCACAGACAGCAGGCACUACGGAGCUGUCUGCACAAGUGCAGAGGGGACAGCAAAGAUGUCCCGGGGAGAGGCCCAGGAAGCACCUGCAGCAGCGUGACAGAGAGGGGGAAGCUGGGUGGCACAGGGGUUGAGGAUGCCAUCCCCACCUUUCUCUCCAAGAGGAAAAGUCCAGAAGGGGUUCCUCCCUCCAAGGACACAGGAGUUGGCCACCCUCCUUCAGCCUCCAGCCCCACAUCCGAGGACAGCACAGUGGACAGUGAUGAUAGCAUUGAGCUGGAGAUCAGGAGGUUUUUGGCAGAAAAGGCCAAGGAGUCUGUACGCAACUCGGAACCUCAAGGAGUCCCUGCCAAGCCGGAGAUGCCCUGUAGGAAAGAGCCAACGCCGGGGUUGCAGCCUGGAGUGUGCACACGGAGCCAAAAAGCCAGGGGAACCCCUCAGCUGGCAGAAGGAAGGAGAGGCCCAGAGAGAGCUCGGACACAGGCAACCAGCCUCUCGAGCCAGACUGGGAGGGGCGCCCUCCGUGCGGAGCAGGCCACCCACCUCACCUCUGCCCUGGGCCGAAGCGAGCCAGCACUACCCAAGAACACCAGCAAGAACAGCUCUGCCAAAGCCUCUCCGCCCAGCAGGAAAAGUGCUAACGUUCACAAAGACCACAGCCCACAGGGGAUCCAGACUGCAAUGGCAGAAAGUGUGUUCGGUCAGCUGCCCAGCUGUGCCACAGUGGCUGGAAGCACCAGAGGGACCUUUCACCUGAACUGUGGCAGUCAGAACUUGCUAACCCCCAACCCCGGGUCCCAGGCUGACCUCUCCCUCCCUUGGAGUGAUUUUGCACAGCAGAGCAGGCUCUCCAGCCCAUGGAUGCUGAACUCGGGUCAAGGCACAGUGUGGACAGGGGUCUUUCGGGGUGAGAAAGAAAAGGGGACCACACCACAGGCUGGGGACCCACCCAGCCUCUCCUCAGGCCCCAGGAAGGGCCUGCCUUUCCUUUCCACGCAGCUCUUCCACUUUGGGAAGAAUGUUUCCUGGGGAGGCAAGCAGGCUGGCUUCUUCAGCCCCAGUCUGGGCCUACCUCUGCAGGGUCCAGCUUUCUCAGCCUUCAGGGAGACCCAGCCUGGCCACAACCCUGUAUUUGGAAGCCCACACUUGCUAAUGAAGGACAGUGGGAACUGGCCAAGCCGGAAGGCUCAGGGGACCCUGAGACAGCAGGACAGGAGGAAUUCUGGCUCUGAGGACAAAGUCCUAGACCUGAGAUAUCGGCACAGGGUUGACAGGGAGCAGCAGGACCAGGAGACCUUGGGCAGUGAUGCCAGCGAAUUCAGUGACACCUCCAUGGAGGAUGGGGGCAGUGCCACAGUGAGCAGUAAAGGCCUCAAGUUGUGACAGACACGGCUCUUGCCAUAGCCGUGGGAAGCAGUGCUUGUGUCUUAUAUGAUGUGCGUGUGUGUUUGCCUGUCUGUGUGCGUGUGCCUGUGUUUGUUUGCCUGUGUAUGCCUGUGUGUGUGUGAGGCAGCAUAGAGUAGUAGGGGGUCCUGACAGUUAAAGAGCAAAACUUGGGUCCCUUCCAUGCAGCACCCCCUGCCCCUGUAUAAAUAUGUACACUAACCUCAAAUGACAUUUUUAUUUAAUGAAUGUGUCCUGGUACAUAAUAGGUUUUGUAGGGAUUUUUGUAAAUUAUUUUAAAAGUGCUGUACAAAAUACUUUUUGAGAACGUUGCUCAGUCUCGCAGGGUGUUCCUAGCUGCAACGCCUCUGUGCUCUCCGUGCAUGUAUGGUAGAUGAGUAAACACUUGGUUCCAAGUGUCCCUGUGAGGGUCAGAGACAGAGGCUGGAACCGGUCACCAUUUCUAGGGCAAGUAUUCAGGCUGGAGAUAGCAGCUAUCCACCUUGGACGUGCUAAUGUGGUUGGUGUGUCGGGAUACCACUGGGCCAGACGCUGUCUCUGGAUGCUGUAGUCAUGGCCUAUAAUUGGAUAGCAUUUCAAAGCACAGCAGCCAGCAAAUAGCUAACCAGCCGCCCCUGUGUAGGGUGGGAAUCCGGCUACUGGCUCUGUAGUUCAGCUGAGCCCAGAUCAUCCAGUAUCCGGUUGCUGGGGGGUCCUUAACAUCCAUAUAAACCCCUUCCUGUGUGAGCUACAGAUUCACUUUUAAUCAUGGCUCUAAAAGGAGAUCCCACAUUCCUUUUGACUUGUCCUUAUCUUGAUCUGUGUAUGGGAGAGUAUUGAGGCCAUGAGAUGACUUGGUCCCCAAACACCUUAGCGCCCUGGAAACACCAGCAGUCUGCAUGGCUUUCUGCCACCCUGUUCCUACCCAGGGAAGAAGGGCUUGGCCAGUGCUGAGGCCAGGCUGCAGGCCUCGGGGGUCUUGGGAGUCAGGCAGAGUGAUACACCUUGGCGCUGAGGAUGUGCUGGACCCCAGAUGUGAGGAUUACAUCUGCGCUGUGACUACACCUGUCUCCCCUGAGUUCUGCAGCUCAGUAUACUGGAUUGCUGUGGCUUGUGGCUGAAUUCUGUUGGUAUUCUAACAUGGAAGUGAGUUUCCUACUUUAUGUACCUGGGUCUGAAUUGUAGAUCACUUCUGUGCCCAAAUGCUGGCACAUACUCCCACCGUCCUCUGUGUCUGCCAUGUUGGAGCUUUGACGUGGUGUAGAGCUCUAGGGUCCCAUUUUGGUCCUAAAUGAUCUGGAUCUGUGUAUAAUAAAUCUAUUGUGCAUACUUGUUCAUGUGUUUCUGGAAGAAACAUCUUUGUGCGUCAUCCGUGUUCCCACCUUAAAUUUUUAGAGUGCUUUUAAGCCUUGAAAACAAAAAACAUCUUAUUUUGUAUAUAAGACCCGUCCAGUUUUGUUUUUUGUUUUUCUAAUGAAUAAACGAAGUACUAUCCACAAAUUA